CCUCCUGCGACGCCAGCCCUGCGCAUGGGCGGACGUCUUCUCAGCUCUGCCUGACACCGGCCUUCAGUUGCCGCCGUUGGUGAGAAACAUCGCGAAGGCCCCGAGCAGAGCGCUACCUGAGCUCCGCUGUCACCGAUAUGUCUGAUGAAAAAGAUUCCCUGCGGGGAGACGAAGAGAAAGGAGAGGAGCCGGUGGUGCGUGCCAUCCCUAGCAGUGCCAUUCCCGGCAGUGCCAUCCCCAGCAGUGCGUUCUCUCUGAAGCAGGCCGAGGAGGUGGACCCCCUGAAGCUGGAAGUGGCGAUGGGGGCUGACGGCUUCUCUGACAGCUGCUCCGAGGACUGCUCCGACGACCUCAGCUGUGCGGCAGCCCACAUAGAUCCAAAUCUCCUAUUGCUUGUGGCUGACGAGGAGAAAUGCCGGAAUAUCCGCAGGCAGUACCGGCAGCUCAUCUAUAACGUCCAGCAGAACCGGGAAGACAUCGUGAACACGGCGAGCGACUCAUUAACCGAGGCUCUGGAGGAAGCCAAUGUCCUGUUUGAUGGAGUGAGCCGAACAAGGGAAGCAGCUCUCGAUGCCCAGUUUCUUGUUUUGGCUUCUGAUUUGGGUAAAGAAAAAGCAAAGCAGCUGAACUCUGAUAUGAGCUUUUUUAAUCAAGUAGCAUUUUGUGAUUUUCUGUUUAUUUUUGUGGGUCUGAACUGGAUGGAAGAUGAUGAACAUGAUGCGUUGAAUGGUUGUGAUGAUAACAUAGUUCUUUCCUUCUGGGAGACAGUACAUAAGGAAGCAACAUCCUGGAUAUCGCAAGCUGAAACAUUCCACUUUCUUUUUGGUUCAUUCAAGUCAGAGUCUUCUGCACCGAAGCGGCGACCUGGACACCAUAAAAAAGCUCCCAGGGUGGAGGAAAACGUGGAUAUGCCUACAAAGCUGAGGAGGCUGGACCUGAGUAGCAAUCAAGAAGGGACAGAAAAAGAAGUAGAAAGAAUCUUGGGGUUGUUGCAAACGUAUUUUCGAAAGUAUCCUGACACUCCCGUAUCCUAUUUUGAGUUUGUGAUUGAUCCAAAUUCUUUUUCUCGUACUGUGGAGAAUAUAUUCUAUGUUUCUUUCAUUAUAAGGGAUGGUUUUGCAAGAAUAAGGCUUGAUCAAGACAGGCUGCCAAUAUUAGAGCCCAUUAAUGUUAACCAAGUGGGUGAGGAAAAUGAUCCCAGUUCCCAUGGCAGGAAACAAGGAGUUAUAUCUUUGAGUUUACAGGACUGGAAAAAUAUUGUGGCGACUUUUGAAAUUUCAGAGGCUAUGAUUAAAAGCUCUUACUAAACAUUUUUGUUCUUAGUAUAGGGUGCAUUUUGUGGCUUUUCUAAAGUAUCAUCUCAAAAUAGAGUGUAAAACCUAAAUAGAAGCCCAUAUUGUAUCUCUUGUAAAGUGAGAAAAUAUUUUCAAGAACAUCAGAAAUUGUCUUACUGUGCAGUGUAUUUUUCUUGGUAGUUUAUAAAGUUGUCAUGAUCUGUUAUUUAAAAACAAUCACUGGCAUGUUCAUGGAAAUUUUUUUGAAUGUCCUUUAAGACUUUAUUAAUAAAAUUCAGUUCCAAAUUUCAUAAAUUAAAAGGUAUGUUAUAAUUUGCAAAAAAAAAGUAUCAGUUAUGCUCUGUGAUACUGUAUUCCUCUGUUACAGGGAAUAAAGAGAAUCCCAUAUGGGAUUCCUAAUCAGGUUGGGGAAAGAGUGGGUAAAAAAAAUGCUAAAUUAAAGAAAGACUAUCUAUAGGGCAGUGAAUGUGCAAUGUUAACACUUACACACACACACACACACACACACAAACAGGUGCUUUGCUUCAUUGCUAGGAAGACUCAGUAAGAUUAAUUAGUGGGUAUCCACAUUCUAAAUAAUUCUCCUGUGAUUAGUUCAAAAGAAAUAUAGUAUCUACUAUAGUAGAUGAGGUGUCAACUAAGUGCUGAAACGUGAGUAGGAGUUGGUCACAGAUAGGAACGGUAUACUGGACAUGGAGGCAAAUAUAGGGAAUUGUGAGAGGUUUAUGGCAUUAGAAAACCAUAAGAUCUUUAUUCCAGUUGAAUGUUAAAUUGGGCAAAAAUGAAUUACCUUUUCUGUUAGUAUUCUCAGAGGUAGAAGAUACUUUUGUUAGAUUAUUUCAAACAAAAUCUUUUAACAUCUAGUUCUAGUCUUUAUCUGCUUGGUUAAUUUCUUCUUUGACUCCUAGUUUUUCUUUGUAAUUUCUGCUAGUACACCGUGUGUCCUUCAGAAAUCAGUGAUGUUUCAUUAUGUAACAACAGCCUUGAAUAUCUGUUCUCAGUUCAAUUGUGCAUUUCUUAAUAGGGCUUUCAAUGCCUAGAACUGCCCCUGUUUCAACUGAAAUAAUUGAUUAAUUUAUUCAUAAAGCCAUAAAUGCUCCUUUUUCUUUUUAAAACAUAAACUAAUGCCUUAUUUGGAGGUUAUUCCUGAAAAUUUGGGUUUGUAAGAAAGCAGUUUUAAAGGUGCAGUGAGCAUGCCUAUAAGCUUCUUUUCUUGAUCCCUAUAGGAAUUUAAUCUUUGGUACUGGUGGAUUUUGCCAUUAAACAUUAUUUGGCAGGUGGAUACAUAUUUUGCAUAGCAAUAAUGAUGAAUUUUCCUAUUAAGUCUAGUGUGGUAUGGAGAGGGGAAAUCCAAAAACUAAAUGAAUGACAUCAAGAUUGAGAGGAGAGGUUUUUGUAUGUGUAAUAUUGAAGGGUUUUUUUAAGCAAAAAUAGAAAUUUCUUAUGAAACUUGGCCAAUUAUUUUCCUAACAAAUUAACCCUUAGAUUUCCCAGUCAGUUUGAGUGGAGGUUCUGCAUGUCAUGACCCUUGACCUCCCCCACAGUUCAUAAUGUAGACAGAUCAGUUCUCACACAAAAUUUUGAAGGAAUGCUGACCCUUCCUGGUUGUCUAUCACCCUUUUAUUUAGCAGUCAGGAAAGCAUCUUUUGGUCUCACUGAUCUUCACGUUAGCCUGUUUCUUUCUACCAAUUGAGUUCCUUGAUUUCCAGAGACUUGCUGUUUGAGGAAAAGAUAUUCUUAAAAUGAUAGCAAAAAAAAGAAAAAAAUCUUGCCUCAGUUCUUUACUUGCCGCCAGAUUGCUCUGUUAAAUGCCUAGUGUAUUUACCAGGAGUAUUUGAGACUUAGUGAUGACUCAAAGCAAUAAUAGAGAAUGUGAAGGUUUGGGGUCUUCUCUACAGUUAUAGCUGUUAAAAUAUAAAUAAAAUUAACCACUUGUUUUGUUUUUACUGGUUGUCAUGAUACCUGGGUUGCCUUAUCACUUUGAAAUUAAAAUGACUGCUUGCUUACCUUGAAGAAAAAGGUGAAUUGACCAAUAGGUAAUUUAAUUAUAGAGACUUAGGUAUCCACCAACCUGCAAAUCUUGUGGGUUUCCCACUAAUAUAGUUAGAGUGGCUCAAAUUUCAGAUUUCAAUAAAAUCAACUGAACUUAGGAGAAUAUUAUGGCAAAAAAUUUUUUUUACUAGAACUUUCUUAUAUAACAACCACUUUCUGUUCAAAGGACCUGGGAUUAGGUCCUGACCCUCUAAUAUUCUAGUAGAGACUUUGGGCAAAUUAUUGAACCUGUAAACCUUAGGGUCUUUUUGUAUUUUUUUUUUUUUUUUUUACUAAGUGAAAAUAAUACCUAUCUCAAGUUAACAGUAAGGAUAAAAUUAGAAAGUGUAUGCGACAGGUACUUUAAAAUAUGAACGAUUGGGUAUGGUAUAGUGUGAAAAGGAAGAGAUUUGUAAUCAUACAGACUUGAGUUCCAUUCUUAGUUCAUGGGCAAGGCUCUUAAUCUCUAAGUGCUUUUAUAUUGUCAUUUCUGAAAUGGGAAAGACAUCUGCUUGGAAGACUAUUGUGAGAAUUAAAUGGUAAUACACGUACGUACAGUGUGCACGCAUGCACACACACACAUACACCUACCCCACCCCACCUCCUGUAGCACCAUAUCGCUCGCUCAUCGUGAGCACUCAUAUUGGUGCCUCAUUCUCUAGAUCAGGGUUAGAAAAUCCAUGCUGCCACCUCCUUCCAUGGUGACCAUCUCUGUCAUGGUUUAUUCACUUUAUUUUAAGUUUAGAUAUGACUUCAUUUGUUUUAGGAAAUCAGUUACCAAGCGAUUGGAAUUGGUGCUUUGUUGAUUUACGUAACAACUACUUGAGUGCCCACUGUGGCCAGGCACUGCUCUAGGCACUAGGGAAAAAGUGGUGGACAGAAUAUGA